GGAGAUGUUCUUCGUUAACGAUUUUUUGUAUUUCAAGUUUGGAUAUUCACUGUUUUUCACUUUAAUGUUCAUGGAGAAGAUCAAUUCUGCAAACAAUGAAACUGAGGAUAGAACUGAUAAAAAAGUUGAUAUGGUCCUCUUUAGUCAAUGUUUUGAGGAUAUUGGAUGUAUAGAGGUAACAAAGGAAUGGUAUCACCCUCAAUAUAGGCCGGUCAAUUACAAACCCUUAGAAAGACAUGUUAUCAAGACCGAAUUUCUGAUACUAGGAAGUGAUGACAGUGAUACUUUAGUAUUCGAAAAGGCAUCAGCUAACGCAAGGUCCAUCUCCAAUGCCGGCUUUCAAAGAGGCUCCGACGUCAUCAUAGCUAUCCAUGAUUUCACAAGUAACGGAUACACGGGAUGGAUAAAGCAUCUUGGUUCAGCAGUCCUGGAGAAAUAUCCCUUGAAUAUGAUAUCUGUGGACUGGGAAGCUGGUGCUGAACCACCCUUUGACCAAGCUAUAGCUAAUGCGAGAGUGGUGGCGCUGGAGAUCAUAGUCUUCAUCAAUAUGCUACUUACACUUGGAACCUGUAAAGACGACAUACAUUUGAUAGGACAUGGCGUUGGCGCUCACAUAGCUGGAUAUGUAGGACAGGAGAUAAGUGGCUUGAAAAAAAUUACAGGGCUGGAUCCCACAGGUCCCAGAUUCGAGUAUAUGCCUGAAAUUGUUCGCUUGCACGCAGGUUGCGCGAAAUACGUGGAAGUUUUACACACAGACUAUUUUCAAAGUGUGAGUCAAGGUAGCGGACAAUUCAUGGGCGAUGCUGAUUUCUUCGUAAAUAAUGCUGACAUCCAACCCGGAUGUAAGGAGGUGAAACACCAUUCGAUUUUGAAGUUGGGCAGGCAGGAACUUUUGCCAGGCCAGAUUCUGCCCGGUUGCAGUCAUAAGCGGGCUUUUAAGUAUUUCAUAGAGUCCAUAGAAAACAGGGAUUGCAUUUUCGUUGGAGUUCAGUGUCCGGACUACCAGCAUUUCUUAGAUGGAAGAUGCAUCACUUGCAUGUCCGAUACAGAUGAAGAUUUAUGCAUAACUUUCGGUUUAUCUUCCAAGCACAAUAUAACAUCGAAUUCAUCCUUUUAUUUGAACACCGCAGCUGAGAAUCCAUUUUGUUUGUAUACCUACGCUAUAUCGGUGGAAUUGGAUAGCGAGAAGAGCAGUUAUACAGGAUAUUUCGAAAUGUUUUUAACCGACGAGGACAAUCAUGUUGCUAAUCUGUCAUUUCCAGAUCAGAAGAACAAAUACCGAACCUACAAACCAAAAUCUGAAAAUACUUACUUAUACUAUGCAUCUCACCCGAAACUAUCCAGACUGAAGGAGGCUAAAGUAAAGUGGAACAAGAAGAAAACACUGAUCAGUAAAUUGAAAAUGGGGAAAGAUGGAAUACCCGUGAAAAAAAUCACCUUCGAGCCAAUCACCAGAGGUCCAGUGGUCAUGACACUCUUCAAACCGGAAGCUUCUGGGGAUACCAACGUCAUCCCCAAUGGAGUGUACAGAACUUUCAAAGCGUAUGAAAUCAUCCCCAAAUUGAAACCCAAACGUUACUGGGAAACCAGUCCUUCCCCCACCACUUACACAACGAUCAAAUAUAAGAACGAGAAGAAAAAACACGCUAAAACGACCGAUAAAGCAAAGAGAAAGAAGAAGAAGGGUUAACAGCUGGCAUUUACGCUUUAUUUAUUUUACACUAAUAAAUCAGGUGGUUUUAAUAUACAAUAAUUAUUCUGGAGGUAACAAUAAAUCUAUAACACUUAA